AUGAAAGAUGUGGUUGGUUAUCAAGUUUUUAGUGGAAAAACAAGUGAAUUUUAUGUGUGGAAUGUGGGAGCAUAUUAUGUGAAAGCAGAUGACACUGUACUUGCAAGUCCUGACUCAAUACUAGUUAAAGACACUCAAAAUUUGCUUCAAAUCCAAUUCAAAUUGAAGCUUCUAGGUGGCCUCAAAAACUUUCUUGGAUUGGAAAUAACAUACUCAAGUAAAGGAAUUCACCUAUGUCAGAGAAAAUAUAAACUACAGCUUCUUAUAGACAUUGGUUUUAUAAAUGCUAAACCAUUUUCCCUACUUAUGGACGCUAAUGCAAGUUUCAAUGAUGAAGAGUGGCCCUUGCUUGAAGAUGUAUCUCAGUACAGGAGAAUCAUUGGUAGAUUGCUUUACCUAACCCUCUAUAGACCUGCAAUUUCCUAUGUUGUAAACAAACUUAGUCAAUACAUGUCCAAACCAAGAAAACAACAUAUAAAUAUGAUUAAUCAAAUUAUGCAGUACCUAAAAGAUUCGGGGAGUUACAUCACAAUAAGAAAAUCCACCACAAGAUUUUAUGUUUUCAGUGGAGAAUUCUUUGUGGCUUGGAAGUCUAAUAAGCAAGCAACAGUCUCAAGGUCAUCAGCUGAAGCCAAGUACAUAGCUUUAGCAUCUGUCACAUCUGAGUUGUUAUAG